AAUUAGUAUUCUUUAAGAAAAAAAAAAGAAAGUGAAAAUGUCUGGAUUAAUACAUUUGGUCACAGAAAAUUAUAAAUUAUUGGACACAAAACAAGAUGAUGAAGUGAAUUCAUGGCUAUUUAUGCAAUCACCAAUUCCAGUAUUAACGAUAUUAGCAUGUUAUUUAUAUUUUGUAUUAAAAUUAGGACCACAGUGGAUGUCAAAACGUAAACCAUUUGAAAUACAAUCCAUAUUAGUCGGAUAUAAUGCAUAUCAAGUGGUAUUUAGUAUAUGGUUAUGUUGCCAAGCAUUUCACGUGGAAGCAUUCGAGUAUUUAGUUAAAAAUGGUUGUAAUCAAAGAUUGAAAAAUACUGAAUUUGAAACAGCUUUACACAGAGGUGCAUGGUGGUAUUUUUUUUCAAAAUUAGUCGAAUUAUUGGAUACAGUAUUUUUCGUUUUACGUAAAAAACAAUCACAAGUGACAUUUUUACAUGUUUAUCAUCAUACAAUUACAGCCCUUUUCUCUUGGGGUUAUUUAAAAUUUUUGCCUGGUGAACAAGGUGUUGUUAUUGGCUUCUUAAAUUCAUUAGUACAUGUUGUUAUGUACUUUUAUUAUAUGCUUGCUGCUAUGGGACCCAAAUAUCAAAAAUAUUUAUGGUGGAAAAAAUACAUGACAUGGAUUCAAUUGACACAAUUUUGCAUUAUGUUAGCAUAUUUAGUAUCAAUAAUAGUUAUGGAUUGUAAAGUACCAAGAGCAUUGACCUUCUUUUUUGUUGGAAAUGUUGUCAUAUUUUUAUAUUUAUUCAGUGAUUUUUACCGAAAAGCAUACAAAAAACCUUCAAAUACAGAUAAAAAACUUAUCGAUACCAUCAAAUUAUUAGGAAAUAAAAUAUUAUUUACUUUAGAGUAA